UGUAAUGAAAUCUUCAGACCCGGUUUAGUACUCAAUCUCUCUCUCUCUCUCUCGUAACCCAAUCUCUCUCUCUCUUUCUCUCGAGUUCACAGGGAACGUUUUUGGGAUCGUCUACAAAUCAUUUCGCCGGAAUAAUCAGGAAGAUGAGUGGUGGUGAAGUUGUUGUAGCUGCUGCUAGAGUCUACCGAGACCUUCUUAAAGCAGUUGUGAAACAUGUUGGCAAAGAAGACCACAAGUCUCAUUUCACAGACUUUGUAAAGACCGAGUUUCGGAAGAAGAAGGCACACUCACUCGACAAAAUCAACCUUGCCCGCAACUACACUUAUCUUCUUAACAGCAUUCACUCUCACAAGGAUCUGUUGUUCUCAUACAACAUUGCAGUUGAUAGAACUGAAGAAAUGAAGCGAGUGCUUGGCAAGUCUGCAGCGAGUGUUGGCCUUCGUCUUCCCGAGGUUUACCAGCCUUGAUCAUCAUCCCACAUUCCUCCUUGUCUCUCUGGUUUCUUCGUUUCCUUUACAGAUUAACUUUGGAAUAAGUUUGAUACUCUUUCUAUCCAGACAGAUCUGAGAUGCAUGGAUCACAAUUUGUUUUUAUUGUUACCACAUUCGUUUUGGGAUUUAAAAAAAAAUAUGGUACCAGUAACAUGCUAUAUAUACACGAUAUGUUGAGUGAA